GGGCUAGAAUCAACAAAUACGAAAGAUUAAGGAAAGCUUAAGCACAAAUACUCGUAAUAUCACGGUAUCAGACAUGGAUUAAACUUGAUAAGGUGAUAUUGAUCAAAUAAUCCUACCGUCGCAUUGGUAUUCAACCCCAUUCUUUAGAUCCUUCUUCGAUACUCAUAACCUCGACAACCAACAACAUCAUUUUUAGAUUCCAUCAUCGAAUCUACUUCAUUCUUUCUUUCUUCCCCUUUCAUCAUUUGUCGGUCUUCAUUGUUGAUUUUCUUGCGGAAAUGUUCAAGACACAGCGUUCGUUCGCUACAAUUAACGCCCCGCUGUUGUACCCUGAAAGACACGGAAGACUAACGCAAAACAUAUAAAAGUCCCACUUCCAGCAAGACAACCAUGUCACAGUCAACAGGGCCUUCUCUGCCAAGGGCACCAGGGAGCUUCUCUCCAAUUGUGCAACAGUCCUCAUCGUCUCAACGACCCCCGCUGCGAAGAGUCGAGUCCUCAUCAUCUGAAGAUUUACCUCCACCUCCCUCCCUUGGCAGCAGAGUUCGUCCACAAUCGCAGAAUGUGCCUGCCCCUCCACGUCCUUUUUACGCCCAAUCGACCAAGAGCAACUCGAGCACCACCAGUUUACAAAACUUCUCACGGCCUACACUCGCGCAAGUACGAACUGAUAUCGGCGGUACACCAUUGAGGAAUGCGUCGCCUCUUACUGCAAUAGCUUCGAAAUCAUCCAUCAGUGACUUCAAAGUUCACGGGCGCAAGCAUUCACAAACCCAAGGUUCUUUUGAAGCUUUUUUACCAACUGCCGCAUCUUCCAAUCUGGGAAGCAUGUCAAAUUUAAACACUGGACUUUCUGCGAGUCACGUAGCUGCUCAGGCUGCUAUGCAACAUCAAGCGCAGCAUGCGCGCCAAAGGUCCCAGACUGUACCAACUCCUCAGUUGGAUACUUCAUCGAAUAGCUCUGGAAGCAGAAGACCUUCCAAGGGACCCACUUCACCACCGCUAUUAAGUUUAACGGAAGCUUCAGCUCCUAGAGAUCCUAGUUUUGGUGGGCAAGGAUAUCAUAAUGGAUUACUUGGGACGGGAUCGAGUGUAGCUCAAACAGCUGCCAAUGUUGUGUUUCCAAAGUCUCCUGGGUCAUCGCCAGCAUUGACACCCACAGAAUAUGAGCAACGAAAUCUUGCCCAUGUUCAAGCACAAGCUCAAGCACAAGCUCAAGCUCAAGCUCAAGCACAAGCACAAGCACAAGCCCAAGCACAAGCAAAAGCUCAAGCUCAAGCUCAAGCUCAAGCCCAGUUAUUACAGGCUCAAGCGCAGUCACAAGCACAAGCUCAAGCUCAAGUCGAAAAACCUGCCAAAACGGAGAAGUCCAAAGUCAAAUUGUUUUCGAGGCCUGGAAAGAUUGGCAUAAGUAAGGAUAAAGAAGCAAAAUCUGGAGGUCUUCCAAGUCCCAGUGCUUCAGGCGUUCCAAGUAUGUACAGCAUGGCGAAUUCUUCUUCGGCGACGAUACGACCGGUCGAUACAUCACAACCAGAAAAAGAAAAAGACAAGGAGAAACAUAAACAUCAUUUUCUGUCGCGGCAGAAACACAAGCUGAGCAGCAAAGACGAUCAUCAUUUACCAUUAUCAUCGGCGGCCUCGAAUUCCAAACCCGUAGAUCCAAGUGCGCCCAGUAGUUUGUAUAACUUCAACCUUCCGCCUAGUCCAGGCCCUACAUCUACAAGUUUUGCGAAAAGCAUGAGCGGCCUAGAUCUAAGACAUGGAGGAAGGGCAUUAAGAGAAAAGAAAAAGGAAGAGAAAAGUGAGACUUUGAGGGAAGGAGAGUUAUCAUACCAAAAUAGUAACGAAUGGCCCGGACCAUCUAGUCUUGGCUCAGCAGGUGCAUCAUCAUACUUAGGUCCUGCGGGAGCAGGGUAUCCUUCUAGCCUUUAUGGAGUUGACACAGCGGAUCUGGGGAAGUAUGGACUGAACAACAUGGGAGCAGACGAUGCAUGGCCAUUUUUAAAAGCAAAACUACUGGUCAUAUUCGAGGGCGAAGACUUGAGGUUAUGUGUGGAAGAUCUCAAUCGUCUAGUCACUACCCAUAUUCAACGCUGUAUACAAAAAAGAUGCCCAAAUCAUGUCAUAGAAGAUUUGCAAGAGUUACUCGAAACAGGCUUCAGAUCCCUUGAUCAAACUUUGCGUCGAACCCCUGAUGAGCGCCUCAUACCACACCUUGUAGAAAUGUGGCUCUUUACUUUUACAACCGUCCUUCCUUACAUGCAAGCCGUUUUUCUCCCGCUCGAUCUCGAAUUGUCUGGCCACGGACCUCUCAUGUCACCAGAAGUAGCGCGCGAGACCUGGGGCGUCAUCUCUUCAUCUCAAUCCAACUCCUCUUCCAAUGUUCCUGCAGGUCGCACUCUCGAAGUACGCAAAAUAGUACUUAUAGCAUACCGCGAUACAGUAAUCAUUCCUCGUUACGAAACACUGAAAGGGUUGUUCUCUCGUCUCUCCCUCGACUCUAUCAGUCUCAGCCUUCCAAACUCGGAUAUCAGAUCCCCGAGUCCAGAAAGUCAAGGAAGACCAGGAACAGCCAUUAGUCUAGAUCCGAGUCAUGGAUCUUAUUCGUCUCAGAAUACUACGCUUUUGGGGGGCGGAAGUUCGGCGGGUGAUAAUUCGGGUUCACGUUCUCGAGCAAUCUCGAAUGUCAGUUAUGGAUCCGAGCAUUCUGCAGGUGGAGGUCUUGGUAUUUCAGGAAUGCCGCCUCCUCCAAGACCAUUCACACCAAGUAGUACGCAUCCAGCGUUAACCUAUGGAUUGAGUGCGCGAGAAAGAAGGCAGGCAAAUGUAGAAGAUUCGUCAAAGAAACUUACAGAAGCUGUAGGUAGAAUGUUACAAUGUGUGAGUGUACUCAGUAGUGUGGGUGUACGAGCGGGCAAUGAUUCAAGUCAGGAGAAGAUGGAAGACUUGGGACGGGGUCUUAAGUUGAAUUGGUUAGGAAGAGGAAGAACGGGGAGAAAUAGGAGGGGAUUGGUGGGUGGGAGAGUGGGACAACCGGGGGCGAAUUUGUGAUGGGCUGUGAGUGUUCACAAAGAGGGGUUCAAGGCUACCUGGUGUUUGGUUCUCUCCUUUUUCGGUUGGUCAUGAUUGAUGGGUAGGUCGGUUUCUAGGUAAAUACAGGGUUUUUGAAUUAGGUGUCUGGUGGGAUCAUGUCUUCUGGCAUUGGAAUCGGUUUCGGUAUUGGCGGUUGGGGAGGGUCACUAUUUUAACUGCAAUUUUCCAUUGCUCUUGUGCGAAGAUCAGUAAGAGACUGCACUCUCUAAAUGGUUCGGUUGGCCCAUGGUUUAGUUUGUGCAAUUAGGAUUGGACUGUAAAAUAUGUUAUUGGGAGGACACAAUGGAACAUGUGUAUAUAUGUAUGAACAUGAUGAAUCGGAAAAUUAGAAAAAUUAUACAGAGCCUGAAAUCUUGCA